AUGACCCACCGAAGCUUAAGUUAUAGCGGAUUGGACGAAAUCGACACUUGGCUGCAACAUCCACGAAGUACUCCGAUCCAAUUCCAGAACGGAUCAACGGAAAGGCAGGGGGAACCAAGAACACGAACCCCGCCGUCAAACCAUUCGAUCCCAGAAAAUCGAACUCCAUCCGCCACGAGGACCCCCCAUCAGGCAGGAUUCGACAACCUAAUAGAACAAGCUCGGAGGCAUGACCUUCGCGCCCCCGUCAAUAUCGACCUCCAACGGGAAGGCCUAGCGAUCCCGAGUGAAACCGAAGCGUUCCAGAACUAUAUCGAGAGGAACGACGCUGAGCUAAAAAGGAUACAUGCCAUCGUACAUAUGGCAACGAGCUAUGCCCCAGAUAUCGACAUGGUCAUCGAGAAAACAAGAAGGACUCCGUUUACAAACAAAAUCACCAGCGUGAAGCUGCAUCAUGUUGGGAAGUUAAAAUUCCCCGAAUGCGCAAGAAACUCGGACCCAAAGUCCCACAUACGAGCCUUCCGCCUAGCAAUAUCAAGAGCACACCUCACCGACGACGAAAAAGAGGCCGGUUACUCCCGCUUCUUCGCCGAGAACCUCACGGGAGCCGCCCUCGAAUGGUUCACUGGACUAGAAGAAAACUUGAUUGACAACUUCACCCAGUUGGUAUCUACGUUCCUCAAACAGUACUCAGUCUUCAUAGAAACAAGAGUUACCGAGACAGAUCUUUGGAAUCUCAAGCAAGUACCUUUCGAGCUGUUGAAAGCGUACAUAAACAAGUUCCGAGAAAUCAAGGCCAAGAUUUCGUAUCCGAACGAGGUCGUCGCCCUAGCAGCAUUGAAGAAUGGCGUCUGGUUCUCAUCCAAAUUCAGGGAAGAACUAGCAGUACGAGCACCUAUCUCGUUGGAUGACGCCCUACACCGAGCCUCUUACUUCGCCACCCACGAAGAGGAGGUCGCAGCCUUAAAAGAACAGUAUAGCGCGAACAAGAAUAAUGCGACUAAAAAGCCUACUGCUCCUAAGGAGCCAGCGACCAAAAGACAACACUCUUAA